AUGUUCCAAGGAACUAGAAUUUUGAGCAAGAUGCCGUCUCUAAGGAUAGAUCAGAGUGACUUGAAGUGUAAGAAUGGAUGUGACUACUUUGGCAAUCCACAAUGGCAAGGGUACUGUUCAAAAUGUCACAGAGAACAACUUCAGCGGCAGCGAAGGGCUGAAAAAGCUUCAUCAGCGACACUGCCAAAGCCAGAACAGAAGAAACCCGACCGUGGCUUAAAACUUGCCACACACUCGUCUUUUUCCAAAUUUGAGGAGAAACGUCUGCGUCAAAGCGAGACCUUGAAGAAAGCAAAUUUAUUGAAAUUCAGCGUUUUUAAAAAAAGCAGUACAGACGAACAUGACACACCAGAGCGUAAGCCUCCGGAAUUCAAAAUCCCCACCAUGGUGAAUGAGGGGAUGAAGAGGGACUUCAGGGUGCGCUUCCCAAACCUGCCGCAGGCCGUGGGCCGGGAGUCGCGGGCGUUCGUGCACCUGUUCAUAAUGGAUGUCAUCAAAUGUUCAAAUGUUAUGGGAGUGGAUGAACUGUCUGAGAGGGUGCAGAGGCAUUAUCAGCACUUUAUAAAAAACAUGGACGCGUCACCACACCUGGCUAACGUAGAGCCGGAGACAAAGGAGUUGCUCAUUGACUUCGUUGAAAAACACGCCAUGACUUAUUUGCACGACCUUCCCGGGGUGGUGUUCUCCCCGCACGGCACGGAGGACGAGCGCCUCGACCGCGCCAUGUCCGAGCGCAUACAGCAGCUGAGCUGGCUGCGCGAGACGCACCUGGACUGCAAGCUGAGGGCCUCGCCCGAGACCAGCCAGUUGCUGUACAGGGCCAUUGGUGAGCUGCUGGGCAUGGACGGCGCGGCGUCGCCGGGCGGCAAGCUGGCGCGCGUGCGGCGCGCGUGCCGCCACGUGCUGGCGCUGUGCGCCGGCCCGCGCGCGCCCGCCUCCGCCGACGACCUGCUGCCCGCGCUCAUAUUCACUGUAUUGAAAGCGAAUCCGCCGCGUCUAGUGAGCAAUAUCAACUUCGUGACCCGCUUCUGUAACGCGCAGCGCCUCAUGACGGGGGAGGGCGGGUACUACUUCACCAACUUGUGCUGUGCGGUGUCCUUCAUAGAGAAUCUGAAUGCGGAGUCUCUGAACAUGGACAAGAAGGAGUUCGACUGCUACAUGGCGAUGCCGGCGUCCAUUGGCGGCAGUACUUGGGCAGCAGCACUUUCCUUAUGCGGUGCGGUGCGAGAGGCUGAAGAACAAAAAGAACAGAUCGAAAAGUUGAUGGAAGAAGUGAAAACUUUACGCUCCGAAUCUGAACUAUUGGCCACGAAUGCUGAGACAUUUGAGAAAGAAAUUGCCAAAAAAGUUCAAGAUGUCUUGGCGAAAACGCCAUUAGAAAUCAAGCCACGUAGAGAACCGCCCCGCCUUGCCAGUUUGCGUAAUUCUGCUUCCCUCAUAGAUCUUAGUACUCCGGAGGUUCAGCAAUCUGAAGACGUCCCUAAAAACCAAAUACUGCAAAUGUCGGAAAUACCACAAAUAUCACAAAUGCCAGAAAUACCACACAUGUCAGAAAUAUCACAAAUGUCAGAAAUAUCACAAAUACCAGAAAUGCCACAAAUAUCACAAAUAUCACAAAUGCCAGAAAUACCACAAAUGUCAGAAAUAUCACAAGUAUCAAAAAUGCCAGAAAUACCACAAGUAACAGAAGCACCACAAAUAUCACAAAUACCAGAAAUAAACCCUGAGCCAAUAGAACCUAUCCUAAUCUUCGAAGACAAACCGUCUCCUUCUAAAUCACCCCAAAAUCAAUGGGAUUUGAAACAAACUGGGUCUUUCGAACUUCUAACUCCAUCUCCAUUGGGUUUCACACCAUUUGACUCCAGGUCCAUAGAUGAAUUGAUGACUCCAGACGAAUUUGGUUCAGACCACCUCGCUCCAGGUCUAAGUAACAUCAAUUAUGACAUAGACCUAUCAGAUUUCAGCGGAGACAACAGUCUAGCAGAAGAUGCAAAAGAGCCAAAAGACCCGUUCAGUCCGGAUGGACUGAAAAAAUUUGACCCCUUCCAACCGCAUACAAGUCAAGACUGUAAAGUAUUAGAAAAGUUUGACGAGUUCAGUCUGAUUGAUCCUAAAACAAAUGAAACAUCUGAUUCCUUUGAAGUUGUACAUAGAUCUGAGGAGGCUUCGAGGGAUCCUUUUAGUCCAGUUCAAAAGGAAACAUCUAUUUUAGAUGACAGCGGGUCUCCGUCUGCUGAAUGCUUUCUUCCCUCACCAAUUUUACCACAAACCAGUAAGCCCAUG